ACUCCGUUGUGUGCGCAUACAUCCUCUAAGCCAAAAAAUCUCAAUGUAUUCUGCAUAAAACCCAUUACUUUGCCCGCCAUACUCUCCUCGAAAUCCCAGUCCAAGCCAUCCAGAUUGGUUGCGCUUUGCGCUUCCCAUACCGCAAGACAUUUCAAUGCCGAACUGAAGGAUUGUGGGGUGGAGGAGUUCCAACUCCGAGUGAAGACUUUGUUGAGAAUUCACAAAAUCGAUGAAAUGUGGAAGUGAGGAGCCCCAGUUUUCCGGCCAAUGUUUUCCCAGCGGCCAAGUUGAUUUAAUGAGUGACCAAGCGUUCUUUCUCUUGGCGUUCAUUGCUUGCACGGUGGUGGAUGAUGGGUAACCUUAAACAUUGCUUGAUUCCCUUGUAAUAUAUUUAGCAUCAGAAAGUUCAAUGAUUGGUAUUGUUAUUAUAAGCGAUUUACCCAAUUCCCUGAAUUCACAAUGAAAUCUGCUCUUAUAAGCACUAAUUCCUUGCACCCAUUUGCUCCGUUCGGUGCGCAUAUAUCCUCUAAGCCAAAGAAUCCCAACGUAUUCUGCAUAAAACCCAUUACUUUGCCCGCCAUACUCUCCUCGAAAUCCCAGUCCAAGCCAUCCAGAUUGGUUGCGCUUUGCGCUUCCCAUAACGCAAGCCCUUCGAAUGCCGAACUGAAGGAUCGUGGGGUGGAGGAGGUUCCGAGUGAAAACUUUGUUGAAGAUGAGAAUUCACAAAGUCGAUGGAAUGUGGAAGUGGGGAGCCCCAGCGUUCCGCCCAAUGUUGUGCCGGCGGCCAAGUUGAGCUUGAGUGACCAAGCGUUCUUUCUCCUGGCGUUCAUUGCUUGCACGACUUCUGUGGCAUUUACUAGCCUUGUUAUUGCAGCUGUCCCAACACUAUAUGCUAUGGGAAGAGCUGCAACAUCUCUUUCAAAGCUAGCAGAUACAGCUCGUGAAGAGCUCCCCAGUACAAUGGCUGCCAUUAGGCUGUCUGGCAUGGAGAUCAGUGACCUUACGCUGGAACUAAGUGACUUAAGCCAAGAGAUAGCUGAUGGAGUCAGCAAAUCAGCUCAAGCUGUGCAAGCGGCAGAAGCUGGAAUUCGUCAAAUCGGUGCACUUGCUCGCCAGCAAACUAUGUCAAUGAUUCAAGAGAGAGCUAGCCUGCCCAUCAUCUCUUUGCAACCCGUCGUUGCCAGAGCUGCAAAGAAGACUUCUAAUGCUGUUGGCCAAGCCACAAAGACCUUCAUGAAUAUCAUCUCUCGAGGGGAGUUCAGCUCAGAGAACGAAGAGGACAGUGGAAUUGAUAGAGUGGAAAUUUAAGAACUUUUCUCCUUCCCGUACAUAUUUUGCAUUGAAAUUAGACACCACCCGAAAUGAUUGUUUAAAGGAUAGUUUGUAUGCCCAAAAAAGUUUUGGGAACAAUAGAAGAAGUUUUACUCCAAUCAUUUUUUCUAUCUUUGAAACUCAAUAGAAAACAUAUUUCACUUAGAUG